AUGGACGAGAGUGUUGAUGAUUUUGAUACAUUCAUGAAUCAAAUGGAAGAAGAAAGUGCACAACAAGUCAAUGAAGCAAUGGGUCGAUUGAAAGAGUUAAAAGGAAAUGAAAUCAAAGAAAUAGAGAAAGAAGAGAAAGAAGAAAAUGAAGGAAAAAAAGAAGAAGCUCGAGACAGUGAGGAUUUAGCAGAUUACAAAGAUGAAUUAGCACAAAUUAAGAAAAAGAAAUUGGAAUUACUUGAUGUUGACCAUAAGAAUAUUCAAUAUGAGCCAAUUCAUAAAGCAUUAUAUGUAGAAGUACCAGACAUUAAGAAAUUAACAAAAGAAGAAGUUAAAGAAAUUAGAAGAGUAGAGUUAGAAGGUUGUAUUGUUAAAGGUAAAAAUUGUCCAAAGCCAAUUAGAACAUGGUCAGAAUGUGGAAUAAAUCCAAUUACAAUGGAUGUUAUUAAAGCAUUAAAAUAUGAAAAACCAAGUCCAGUUCAACGACAAGCAAUUCCUGUGAUAAUGUCAGGAUAUGAUGCAAUAGUAUGUGCAAAAACAGGAUCAGGAAAAACAUUAGCAUAUACAAUACCAUUAAUAAAACAUGUCAUGGCACAAAGACCUCUUUCUAAAGGGGAAGGACCAAUUGGAAUUGUAUUUGCUCCAAUUAGAGAAUUAGCAGAACAAAUUAAUACAGAAAUUAAUAAAUUUGGGAAAUAUUUAAAUAUUAGAAGUGUUGCAGUAUUUGGAGGGACAGGAAUUUCAAACCAAAUAGGAGCAUUAAAACGAGGAACAGAAAUUGUUGUUUGUACACCAGGAAGAAUGAUUGAUAUUUUAGUUACUAAUAAUGGGAGAAUUACAAAUUUAAGAAGAGUUACAUUUGUAGUUUUAGAUGAAGCAGAUAGAAUGUUUGAUAUGGGGUUUGGACCUCAAAUUAAAAGGAUUAUUGAAGGAAUUAGACCUGACAAACAAAUUGUUAUGUUUUCAGCUACAUUUCCAAUUUCAGUAGAACAACAUGCACGAGAAUUUUUAAAAAAACCAAUUGAAAUUAUAUGUGGAGGAAGAUCACAAGUAUCAAAUACAAUAGAACAAAUUGUAGAAGUUAUUGAAACAAAGAAAAAGAUAGAGAGAUUAAUUUCCAUUGUUUUAGAACAAAAUAAUAAAGGAGGAAGAAUAAUUAUCUUUACAGAAACACAAAAGAAUUGUGAUGAAUUAUAUCAAAAUUUAAUGGAAAGAAAUAUUAAUUGUUUAUUACUUCAUGGAGGAAUUGAUCAAAUUGAUAGACAAAAUACAAUACAAGAAUUUAAGAGUGGAAUUGGUAGAACAAUAUUAAUUACUACUUCAUUAUGUGCAAGAGGAUUAGAUGUUAAAGGAUUAGAAUUAGUAAUUAAUUAUGAUUGUCCUAAUCAUUUAGAAGAUUAUGUUCAUCGAGUUGGUAGAACAGGUAGAGCAGGAAAACGUGGUAAGGCAAUAACAUUUAUAACAAAAGAAGAAGAAAGAUAUAGUGAAGAUAUUGUUAAAGCACUUACUCUUUCAGGAGGAAGUAUUAGUAAAGAACUUAAUGAUAUGUAUGAAGAAUGGAAAACAAAGAAACUAUUUCUAGAAACAAAAGAAGGAAAGAAAGGAUAUGGAGGAAAUGGAUUUAAAUUUGAUAUUAAAGAAGAAAUCACAACAAUGGAAAAUAAAAUUGGAGGAUAUAUGGAAGAGGAUAUUGGAGGAGGGAUAAAAUUAAAAGAACGAUUUGAAGAAAAGAAAAUGAAAGAAGAAAUUAAAGAAAGUAAUAUUCCAAAAGAAAAACAAGAAAUGGUUCAAAAAGCACUUCAAAUGAUUGAACGUAUUAAUAAAAGAAUGACAAAAAUUACAAAUAAUGGAUUUCAAUGUAAAAUUGAAAUUAAUGACUUUUCUAUUCAAGCAAGACAAGUAUUAACAAGUAAAGAAAAAUUAAUAAGUGUUAUGGAAAAUUGUAAUGUUAAUAUUACAACUAGAGGAAGUUAUAUUGGAGAAGGAAAAACUCUAUUACCAGGACAAAGUAAAUUAUAUUUGUUGAUUGAAGGAAAGAAUGAAGAAGAUAUUACCAAAGCAAAAAAAGAAAUUAAAAAUAUUUUAGAUGAAAUUACUUUAAAAUACAAAGAUAAAGUACUUCAUGAAAAAGUUAUAUCUAACAUUCUUUAA